AUUGGCAAAAAAUUAGACGACCUGCAAUUGAUAGUCGAAGCACAGAAUACUGCUAUAAUGGAUGCAAUAGCGGUCCAAAAGGUGGCGACUGAGCAAUUGAUUCGCCAAGAAUCAAAAAAUGCACCCAUCACAAAAUAUUUCCCAAUAAGUGACGUCCCAGAAAUGCAUCAGUUGGAGGAAAAAAUUACCCCUACUAACAGAGAUGUAUAUGAAUCUGCGAUGUCUGCUAUUUUAUGCAACAAUCUCAGAAAUAUAAGGCUGCUGUUAAAUAAGGACGUCAUAGCGUCAAUAAACGUGGAUGGUUCACAUGGAAAGAUAAGCUUAAAAUCUUUCCCAAAUUUUUAUGCUUCAUUGACUGGAGCCAUUGCCAAAUUACCAUUUAAGGGAUUGUCGCCGGAGGACGCGCUGCGCAAAGCCAUUGCUUUCGAAAAAGCUAAAUGCUUUAAGAAAGCUUAUCGACAAAAAAAGAAGAAUUCUGCAUCUUAAACUACUACCCCUCCAAUUGUUUUUUUUUUUUUUUUUAAUAUAAAACUGCAAUAGUACAAAGUUGUAAUAUUUCAGACUUUAAAUUCUGACUUCUUAU